AUGGAGUUUGACGAAAUCGUCGAAGUCCACGAUCGUGGAAAAUCAGUGGAUGUUCGAACGAACAGCUCAUUCGAACAAUUGAUGAUCUCCGCAAAAACUCUAGAACGCCUAAAUGCGCAUGGUUUUAAAACACCAUCGCCUGUUCAAGAAAAAGCGAUUCCAAUUGGUUUGAUGGGUCGAGAUAUGCUAGUUCAGGCAAAAUCGGGGACCGGAAAAACGCUAGUAUUUUCUGUUUUGGCUGUGGAAAAUGUGGAUACCAAGCAAAAGUACGUGCAGAAGUUGAUCGUUGCUCCAACACGGGAAAUAGCCACACAAAUAAAAGAGACUGUCAAAAAAAUUGCCCCCGCUAUGGCGAAAAUCGCGUAAGUUUUUAAUUUUCUAAUCCCUAUUAUUUGGCAAAUUCCUUAUUUGUAGAGUUUUUGUUGGUGGAAUGCCACUUCGAGAUGAUAUUUACACAUUGAAAAAGAAUACACCACACAUUGUAAUUGGAACAACUGGACGAAUUUGUCAAUUGAUCAAUAAAAAAGAGUUGAAUUUAUCGGCUGUUGAUUAUUUUGCAUUGGAUGAGGCGGAUAAGUUGAUGGAUGAGUGCUUUCAGAAAGAUAUUCAGUGAGUUUUCCACGAGAAGCUGAUUUAUAUCGAUAAAAACCGAAUUUAGCCUAAUUUUUUAUCAAUAAAUGUUUGCAGCUUCAUAAUCUCUUGCCUUCCGCCAGUCCGCCAAGUCACCGUUUUCUCUGCAACUUAUCCGAGAAGUCUAGAUGUUCUACUUUCCUCAUUUCUUCGAGAUUGUGCAUUGGUUAGAUUUAGCUCGGAAGAUGUUCAACUCGUUGGCAUCAAACAAUACGUCAUAACAAACUGCUCGCCGAUUUUUGACUCGCUGAUUUCGUUGAUGAAAACUGUGCAAUUUAGUCAGGCUCUCGUUUUUUGUGACACUGUUGAGAAGUUAGUUAUUUUAAACCGUUCUUCCACGAUUAUUUUAAUUUAUUUUUAGAUGCGCGCCAGUAUGCAAUUUCCUAUUGGAUAAUGGAUUUCAGGCGACAUUUGUGUCUAGUGCAAUGUCUCAAAAAGAGAGACAAGCAGCUAUUGAUCAGUUGAGAAAUUAUUCUGUGAAGAUUUUGGUUUCUUCGGAUUUGGUAAGUUUUUUUAUACAGAGAAUUCUGAUAUUCAAAACUGAAGAAACUUGGUUUUUUUGUCGAGAUAGAAAACAAGAAAAAAUUAAAUAUAUGUGAAUUCUUAGAAAAAAAGUAAAAUUGCAGACAUCUCGUGGAAUCGACGCUGAUCGUGUAAAUCUUGUCGUCAACAUCGACACUGCAAUAAAUCCGGAAACAUAUUUCCAUCGAAUCGGAAGAGCCGCCAGAUUCGGUGGACAAGGAGCAGCAAUUACUUUGCUAGAAAAUGAACAAAGCGAGAAAUGUUUCACCGCAAUGGCUUGUAGAGGCAAAAUAAAAGUGAAAAGAGUAAAAUCGAUCGAUAGUUUACCCCACGAUUUACCCGUGAAUCAAAAUUUCUUCGAAAAAUGCCCAUUUUUCGUGAAAUUUGAAAAGAAAGUGGGAAAAUCGAAUGAGUUUUUGGAUAAAGUUCCGGAGCGGGAAGAAGCUGUUAGGAAAUUAUUGGAGGAGCGGGAAGUGGCUGGAAUUGUGCAGAAUUAUAAGUAUUCUAGAGAAGAAAUGGUGAAAUUGAGAGAAGUUGCUGAAAAUAAGGAAAUGGAGGAUUAUAGAAAAGUGGGUAUUUUUGAAGUUUUCAAUUUUUUUUUUGAAAAAAUUUCGAUUACUCUAAUUUUACAGAAAGAACAAGAAGAAGAAGAGAAAGAAAAUGCGAAAAAAGAUCCACCAAAACCAUUUUCCACACAAUUAGACGAGCUCAAAAAUGCACUAUCUGAGCCUGAAAAAAAACCAGAAAAGGCAGAGCCUGAACCAAAACCGAAAGCAAAAUUCAAAUUUGUGCCAACUCGUCAAAAAGCCAAACAAAAGUUUUAUAUGCGCGGAGAAUUGAUGAGUAUUAGAGAUGCUGUUACGGUUGAAGAAUGGAGAAGUUAUGCGAAAUUGAAGUAUAAUUUGGAAGAGGAACCAUUUAUUGGAGAUAAAAUUCUAGAAAAAUUGAAGAAAGAACUUGAAAAUGAGCCUGAAAACUUGGAAAAUAAAUCAGGAACUUUGGAGAUAAUUGAGGAAAAAUUGGCCCGAAAAAUCCAUAAAAAUGAGUAUAAAAUCAAGGAAAAGUUGGACAAUGAAGUGCUCCAAAAUGAGCCCACAACCUCCGAACAAUCGGAAAAUCAAAAUCUGGAGAAAGGGCUACAAAAUGAACCUGAAACCACCCAAAAACCCCAGAAUAAUAUUUUAAAAUACAACAAAAAACAAAUGAUCGGAAUUCAAACGAAAAUUCCAAAAAAUGUGUGGCUGGAUUAUGUGAAAUCGAAAUGGAACACAAAAGAAGAACCAUUUGAACUGGAUCAAAAUAUGAGAUGUCCAUUUGAAGAACGAUUGAGAAGAAUUCGAGCAAAAGAAAAAGCGGAAAGAAAAAAAGUGAUUGAAGAUCGGAAAAAAGAAAGGGAAUCGAGAGAAGGAUUGGUGGCGAGUGGAAGGACUUCGCAGCAUAUUCAGGUAAUUUUUUUUUGAAUGAGAAGUUUGGUAAUUUAAAUAGAACCCGAAAGAAAAAUCCAACCUUAUUAGUGUAAAAUUGAAAUUUAUAAAAUGACUUCCAAAAUCACAUAAAAAGUUCACGCUUGAAAAAUUUUAAAUCCAAUUUUUUUUCAUUUUUGAAUAUAUUAUUUUCAGAUCGCCGAAACAAAUUAUGAAGAUUAUGCUGCUAGGCUACAAAAAGAAUUCGAAGAAUUUUCGAGAAAAUUCGAAAAUGGCGAGGAAAUUAGGAAUAAUGUAGGACCGGUGGUGAGUUUAUCAGCUUUUUUUUGAGAAAACUAUAUGUUUGGCUGGAAACUCCAAAAAUUCACUGAAAAUGAUGAAAUUCACGAUUUUCAGACAAUUUACACUUUUCAAUUUUCAGGUUCCAAUUCGAGAUCCACCAAAUGUCUGGAAAUAUCGUGUACAUAUUUAUAAGGAAAAAUUGGAUGAUUUAGAAGCUGAUUGGAAUUAUGAUUUGGCUAGAAAAAUGAAGAAAAUCGAGGAAAUUGAAGUUCAGACUGAAAUGGAAAAUCCUGCUGAAAAUCUGAAAGUAGAAGUUGAAAAAUCUGAAAUUGAAACCCAGACUGAAAUAGAAGAAGUUGAAGAAAAAUUGGAAAAUUUGAAGAUUUGUGAAGUUGAAGAAAAGGCUGAGAAUUCAGAGGAUUCUGAAGAGAUUUCGGAUUCAGAAUCGGAAUCGGAAGAAUCUGAAAUUGCAGAACUCGAUUUCGAAAAUUUGGCCGAAAUAUAUCGAAAAAAUGUGGAUUUUAGUGUUGUUUUCGAUUCGUAUCUAAAAAUGAUGAAUAGGGGAAAUUAUUGAUUGAUCUUAUGUGAUAUUUGAAAUUUUUCAGAUAAUUUAUGAUCUCAAGAAUACGUUUUUCACCGGUUUUUUGUAUAUUUUUUUGUUAUUGCAUGUUGUUAAUUAAUUAAAAAAUCGAUUUUUUUUUGAAAGAAAUGUCUCUUUGAAAAUUAUGUGUUUUGUGAAAACACUGAAAUAUUUUUAUUUUUAAAUCACUUGAUUGAAAAAAAAAAUUGUUAUUUAAAUUAUCCGUUUUAGGAAAGUAAUGCCGCCAGCAAAUGCGAAAAAAGGAGGAAAGAAGGGAGGAGCGAAAGGUAAGCAAUUUUAUCAUGAAAAACUUGAUAAUCUCUGAAAUUUAGAGUUUAAAAAAUGACAACAGAUUAAAGAAAUGAGUUUUGAUUCAUUUGAAUGUUGACAAAAUGUUUAAUUUCACAGACCGAUUAUUUGACGAAAAUUGUUUUUUUUCAUUACAGUAACUCAAGUUCCUUUGUCAAAAAUAUUAUAAACCUCCCUAUUUUUCCAGCCGCCGCCCCAGAAGAAGAUUUCGAUGCGAUUUUGGCCGAAUUAGCUGUGGCCGACAAGAAAACUGCUGAAAAAGAGGCCGCAAAUAAGAAGAAAAAUGUUAAAAAAGGUGAGAAAAUUAUAAGAAACAGAUGGCUCAAGUGGGAAAAUGUUGAUUUUGAAGUGAAAUGUCGGGGGAUCGGAGCCGUGAUGAUGCGAAGAAGCUUUGAGAGAAAGAUUUCUUGAUGAAGUUUGAAAAUAGCGAAAAUUCUGAGCUCUUUAAGAAUUUGAAAUUUUGGGAAGUGUUACAAAAGGCCUGAAAAUUACUAUAAAAAUAAUACAAUUUCCAAAAAACAGGAUUUUCUAAUUGCCACGUCAUAACCAAUUUUUUACAGGAGGCUCGACCAGUCAAGUCACCGAAACCGAAACAAUCGAAGCUCAAAAAAACGCAUGGCAAGAUGAAAUCAAUGCAAUGAAACCAAUCGAUGAACAAUUCCCAAAUGGAAUUUAUCCGCACGGAAAAGAAGAAACACCAUAUUAUUUGAAAGGAAAAGACGGAAGAGUUGCAACAGAUCGAGAAAGUAAUGAGGAAAAGAAAGCAUUGGAUGCAAGUUAUGAAGAAACUUGGCAAGAUUAUCGAAGAUCUGCUGAAGCUCAUCGACAAGUUCGAGAUUAUGUUAAAUCAUGGAUAAAACCUGGAAUGACUAUGAUUGAAAUUUGCGAGAGAUUGGAGGCUACAUCGAGAAGAUUGAUCAAGGAAAAUGGAUUGGAAGCGGGUUUGGCUUUUCCAACUGGUUGCUCUUUGAAUCAUUGUGCUGCUCAUUAUACACCAAAUGCUGGAGAUACUACUGUACUUCAAUAUGGUGAUGUUUGCAAGGUAUGGAAAUUUGGGAGAUAGAUUUGGAAUCCAAAUAUUAUAAACAAUUAAAAUGUCCAGAUCGAUUACGGAAUCCACGUUCGCGGUCGUCUUAUCGAUUCCGCUUUCACCGUCCAUUUCGACCCAAAAUUCGAUCCAUUAGUUGAAGCUGUAAAAGAAGCAACAAAUGCUGGAAUUCGUGAAUCUGGAAUUGAUGUUCGUCUUUGUGAUGUUGGAGAAGUUGUUGAAGAAGUUAUGACAUCUCAUGAAGUUGAAUUGGAUGGAAAAACUUAUGUUGUUAAACCGAUUCGUAAUUUGAAUGGACAUUCGAUUGCACAAUAUAGGUGAGUCGGGAAGAUUUAGUUUUUGGGUGGGAAAAAAGAAGAUGUAAAAAAAAGAAAAUAAAAAACCUUUCGUGCUGAAAACAAUUCAAUUUUUUCUCCAGAAUCCACGCUGGAAAAACAGUUCCAAUUGUCAAAGGCGGAGAACAAACAAAAAUGGAAGAAAACGAAAUUUAUGCGAUCGAAACUUUCGGAUCAACUGGAAAAGGAUAUGUUCAUGAUGAUAUGGAAACAUCGCAUUAUAUGAAGAACUUUGAUUUGGCCGAUGAGAAAAUUCCACUUCGUUUGAAUAAAUCGAAAGGAUUGUUGAAUUUGAUCGAUAAGAACUUCAGUACUCUCGCUUUUUGUCGUCGUUGGAUUGAUCGACUUGGAGAGACCAAAUAUUUGAUGUCGUUGAAAGAUUUGUGUGAUAAGGUGAGUGUUUUGGAGAUUUUUGAAGGAAAAUUUGGUAGAAUUUGUGCGAAGUUUGAUGUUUCUAUGAAAAUGUUAUGUUUAGAACAAUUUGAAAAGUUCAUAGUUUUUUGGUCAGAAUUUUUUUCGGCUCGAAAAUUCUCACCAAAAUUCAAAUAUUCUAGGGAAUCGUCGAUCCAUAUCCACCACUUUGUGAUGUCAAAGGUUGUUACACUGCUCAAUGGGAACAUACAAUUCUCAUGCGUCCAACAAUGAAAGAAAUCGUCUCUCGUGGAGACGAUUAUUAA